AAGCUAAAGCCAAGGCCAAAAUGGCGUCGCCGACGAACAAGUCGGUGGCGACAUGUGCUUUUUCUGCCGAAGCAGAAAGUAGCACGGCCAAAAAACCAAAAAUAUUAAUUAAUGACGACGUAACAGGCUUUUAUGAACUAUCGAAUGAUGGUUUAAGAAAAAUCUGUUCAGAAAAAAAAUCUUUUGAAAAAUCCGAUGUGUCUGGUGACAUGGAGACAGAUUAUAGCGUUGAGAAAAAUAUAGAAAAAAUAACGGAAGUUCUUAAUGUGGCUGAAGAGGGCGAAUUGGCGCCAAAAGCAAAAAAUGACAAGCAAGAAUCAUCAAUUCUUGUGAAAUACCCGCCAAACUUCAAAGGCGAAAUUUUCCUGCUGGUUGACUCGUCUGGGUGCCAAGCGAUGAAUAAUGAUAAAAUUACUACUGGCCUAACCCUCCUCAGCCAGAUUAAGGACCUCAAAGUACAGGACCUUGAUCUCAUUUAUGCGAUAGGUAGAUCUCUAUAUAAAGUUACUUUCACUAACGUCUAUGCGGCAAACAGCUUUCUGUUGGAUAACAGAAUAAGGAAGAGGGGUUUAAAGCCAUUCCUACCCAGAUCAGCUCUUGAAACUUAUGGUGUGGUACGUGGUGUACCGGUAUGCUUCAGUGAUUAUGACAUUCUUAAAAAUUCAAGAUCUGCAGCCACAAUUGUGUCUGUUAUGCGAUUCAAACGCAAAGACCCUGCAGGCGACAACUACUCUCCCACUACAACAAUAAAGAUAGGCUUCGCAGGCAAUGACGUCCCCAAAGAAAUCAUUUUUGAGCAUACAAAACUCAACGUAGACAUAUACAUUCCUCCGCUGAGGCAAUGUGUAAAUUGUGGCAGAUUAGGUCACACCAAAUUAGGGUGUAAAUCCAAAAAAAGAUGCCUGCAAUGUGGCAAAAUAGAAUGCAACAACAAUGAAUGCGAAACCAACUCAUGUAUUCUCUGUGGUAGGAACGGCCAUAGUGCUAAAGAUAAGGACAGAUGCCCACAUUGGGAAAAGGAGAUGUCGGUGAACCGCAUCAAGACUGUUAAAAAAUUGACAAGGAAAGAGGUGCUAGACACUUACUUUCCAAAAAAUUCCAAUCGCUUUGAUAUACUAGAAAAUGAAGAUGUAAAUUUCCCGCCUAUGACAAAAGAAAACUGCUUUGUCGACACGACUGAACACAUUAAUAGAAAUUUCACUAAAAGAAAAUACAGCUACAGGGUAAAAAAUGGUCGUGAAAGAGAGUUUCAAAAAAAAAGCGACAAUCAUAUUGUUCAAACAAAACCCAAAACCACUCCCAACCCGGUUUACAAUUCGCUUGCAUACCAAAAAAAUAUGGUAACUCAGUUUGAAAGACUGAUAGCGGAAAUUCUCAAAAUCACCCAAAACUUAACUAUUGAAAAUAGUGACUCAAGCAGUUUUCAGCAAAUUCAGCAGUUAAAGAACCAAUUCGAACGUAUCCUAGUCAGGAGAGACGAACUUGAAAUUAAAGAGUCUCUAAUUUCACCUGAUAAACCAUAAUGAAGUUUCUUCAAUACAAUUGCCAAUCGUUAAAAGCAAAUAUUGAUACGAUUGAGUACUACAUUAAUAAAUACAAUGUAGAAAUCGUCGCUCUUAGCGAAAUUUUCUUCUCUAAGCGCUCGCCCCAUAGGAAACUAAUAAAUUUUAACAUAAUCAAAAAGCAUAGAAGUGAUGGGUAUGGCGGUGUUGCCAUAGCUCUAAGAAAAAAUAUAAAAUUCAAAAAAAUUACAUACAACACAGAUAGUGACAUAAUUAUCAUCAAAACCCUCAAUCUAGAACCGAAUGUUGUAAUCUGUUCUGCAUAUUUCCCACCAAGUGUAAGCAUAAACAGUUUCAAA